AUGGUUACUGUUACAUUAUAUACAUCAUCUGCAACUGGCAUGUUGAAGAUCAAGAAGGAUCAAUCUGCCUUGAAGACUUUAUUGGAAGCCAAGGGAAUCCAAUACACUGAAUACGAUGUUGCUAGUGAUCAAGCUCAAAGAGAACACAUGAAAAAGACAAGUGGAAAAACAGAGUUACCACAAUUGUUUGUUAAUGACAAGUUUGUUGGUUUGUAUGAUGAUCUCCAAGCCCUUGAAGAAAUUGGUCAAUUCUCUGAUUUGUUCAAAUAA